ACCUCCUCUUGGAUACACAUCCCCGAGCCGCCUCCGUGAUUGGAUGAGCUCUCUUUGGAUGUCACUGGGGCAACCGAAUGAUGGGAAUUUUAACACAUGAACGGAAAUGUCAGCGACGAAUCUCACUGGCUGCCUCCGCGAGGCUGCCAUUCAGGCACAUGUGAGGUGUACAGAAAGCGGAAGCGCCCAUUGGGCUGUUCAUGUAUCCAUCUGACGGAGGAUCCACAGGCUUUUCCUUUUUUCUUCUUCUUUUAUUUUUUUGGUGCCUCGGUACGGGAGCCGAGUGGGGACCGGCUGGUAACGCAGCGGCCGCGGGUCUCCACCCGAGAGUAUGGCGGCUGGAAUCGCACUGGAGAGCGGGGAAGAAGCGGAGACAUGUCAGAGAUGGUGAAACAGAAACAAAGAGACGCAAGUUCUUUAACUGAAAGUCAGGGCACUUUAAUUUGGGAGAGUUUCUCUGAGGCCGUCUGCAGCUUGAAAAAUUGCGCCUGCAGUUCAUUCCGGGGCUAAGCCAGCGUUUUCCCAGUGUCCUCGAUGGAGCAAGUUUGUUUUUUUAUGAAGCACAGAGAGGGGUGAGCUAAGCAGAUGAACACCCGCACGUUCAACACCAUCGGGCGAGCUUCUCUUUCUCCCUUUGCGCAUUUUUCGGACACUUCCAGUCCUCGGAUGCUCGUAUAACUGUCAGUGUCUGGCCUGCAUGGGGGGAAUAUCUACAAUGAAAUCCAUCUUGGGGUGCCGAGUCUUUGUGCUCUGCCAUAGCUGAGCAGCAGCGAACAAGACUGUGUUAUUGACAGCCCGUUCAGAAUGGGACACGAAUGGUGAGCGAGAUUCGCACGGGAGCAUUUUGCGUUGAUUUCAAUGACGCGCGGAGAUUGAUACCUUACGACUUGAUUUAAAUCCCACGAUGCGCGAGUAUAAAGUGGUGGUCCUGGGCAGCGGUGGGGUCGGGAAAUCCGCCCUCACUGUGCAGUUUGUGACCGGGACGUUCAUUGAGAAGUACGACCCUACCAUAGAGGAUUUUUACCGCAAGGAGAUCGAGGUGGACUCCUCGCCCUCGGUGCUGGAGAUCCUUGACACCGCUGGGACCGAGCAGUUCGCCUCAAUGCGCGACCUGUACAUCAAAAACGGUCAAGGAUUCAUAUUGGUCUACAGCCUUGUCAACCAGCAAAGCUUCCAGGACAUAAAGCCGAUGAGGGAUCAGAUCAUAAGAGUGAAAAGGUACGAAAAGGUUCCCGUGAUCUUGGUGGGGAACAAGGUGGACUUGGAAAGCGAGAGGGAGGUAUCAUCCAGCGAAGGUCAGGCUCUAGCCGAGGAGUGGGGCUGCCCGUUCAUGGAGACCUCGGCGAAGAGCAAAACUAUGGUAGACGAACUGUUCGCUGAGAUCGUUCGGCAGAUGGACUACGCCGCCCAGCCAGACAAGGACGACCCCUGCUGCUCCUCUUGCAAUAUACAAUAGCCCUGGGGGGGGCCACCAGGAACAGGCCAGGCAAAAAGUCCACUUAGAGGGAACUUGUUUGACUUGCAGUGGACAGAUACACACUUAGACACACACAUGCACAUGCCGAUUAAACUGAAAAUGAAUUCACAGUUGAGCGCAAUGGAUACCAAGUCAGUGGAGCAUAACAUUUGCAGUGACAUGAUUAAUAAGAGUAAUAACACGUGAGUAUUGCAUACAUUUUGAAUGAAAAAUGCCAGGAAUUUGCCGCAAAGGUAAUUGACAAACGACAAACGGAACAUGCCCUCGCCUUAUUUUACACUCUGUUUUUUGUUUGUUUAAGUUAUUCUGUUAUGAGGAAGCAAAUAUUGUCAGCAAAGAAUAACAGACCGGGAUCUUUACUCAUUAUAGCUUCCUAAACAAUCUGCUAGAAAUAACUGUUGUUAUUGCAGUUUUCACACACACCACUGAGAUGCAUUUCCUGUUACCAUGACUCUGUUGCAAGUAGCUGCUGAACACACAUAACAGAUUUCUGGGAUCCAGUUUGAGAAGCAUUUGAUUUCCAUUAUGUACAACGUUGCUCCCAGUUUAAUUCUCGCAGAGGUUGGCGGAGGGAUAUUUUUUUUCUACUCAUCACAGGGCUGAACCAAAGAGGUGCCCUCAAAGCGCCUCGAUUUUCUUAGUUUUUUUUUUUCUGCUGUUCAAAAAAAAAGGAAUGGAGAGAAAAAGGAUAAGUCAGUGUCUUUCUUUAAAAAAAAACAAAAACAAAAAAACAACGAUGCAGUCAUCUCUUUCCUAUUUUCUCACUUUGAGAUAUGAUAGUAAGCAUAGCGGAGUCUUUCACAUAUCGUGUGAUGUUUUGUUUUCCUCUCCGGGAGACUCUGACAGCAGAUUGCUGAGUAGUAAUAUAACUAACCGCUUCAUCCUGAUGGGACAAAGAGUGAUUUCAGUGUUUGAAUAUCUCCGCAGACCGUCUCUCCAAACUCUUUUCAGGAAUGGGUGACAUUUAAAGUGAAGAUGCCAACAUUUGUAAUACUUUUUAUUUGUUUUCGUCCUCUGGUAUCAAUAUGAAAUCUGGCGCUCCACAGUUUCCUGAUGCCAUUCUUUAUGUGCUCAGAGUAUUCAAAUUCAUAGUAACAAAUAGUACCGACGGAGGCGGCGGUGAUAAUAAGAAUAAUAAAUGGUAGUGUAAAUAUUUUGUAUGGAAAGUGCCAGCUCCUAUGAAGACACUGACUCAACACAUGUGGAAUUGUCAACUGUAUGCAUGGCUAGUGAACAAAAAAAAAGGACUCUGUUGUCUGAGAUUACUAUAGGCUGUGGAAAAAAAACGUGCAAAUCAAACACAUACAUGUCUGGAUCUGGACACUGUCUCAACUGUACAUCUAUGUUGCCACGGGAAGCAGACUUUCCCCGUGUGACCAUUUUCAUUGUUGAUUUUAUAUUUUUUUAUGUGACCAUUUACUCUUUAUCCCUCUCUGAAUGGUGACACUGUUACAUUUGACACCUAAACAAUAAAAGUGCGUUCAACACUAUCA